ACAACCGUCUGCCGUCCACCAAUUAAGCCAGGACUGUGAGUACUGUAGCCUAAACAAACAACAAUACGUGUCCUCAUUGAUCAAGGAAGCUGAUAUAUAGACAUGUAAAAGAUCCAAAGUGUAAACUGUCAAUAUUAAUAUCUGGUAUGGCUACACAUUGGGCGACUGAAAACAAAGAAAAAGUCAACCAUGCCAAACUAUGUCGGCUCCUUUAUGAUGGAGGAGGAACUACUGUGAGAGCUGUAGUUGAUCGUCAUUGUCCACCAGCAACUUUGGCAGCAACUCUUAAAGCUAAGAAACCACAACUACAGAAACUCAGGAAGCCAAAAGGAAAGGUUUUGAAUAUUGACCAGUGGAACAACCUCUACCCUCCCAGUGGUACCAGCCCCAGCACAAAAGAUUUUGACAUCACUUUGUUAUUUGUUCUUAUAAGGAACAUUUGUGGACUUACCAAACCAGCUACUGGAUGGGAUGCUUUGCCACCACCAGCCGAUACAUCAUCUGAAGCUAACCUUGCAAGGAUUAAGUAUUACAGAAACAAGAUUAUUGGUCACAAUGGAAAUGCUGAAGUAGAUGAUAUACAGUAUGAGGCAUACUGGAAGGAGAUUUCAAGUGCUCUUGUUUCACUAGGACUCGACCAAGAUGAUAUCGAUGACUUAAAGUCACGUCCUGUGGGAGUUGAAGACUACAACAAGUUGCUAAAAGAAUGGCAAUUGGAUGAAACUGACACCAAAGAUCAUUUAUCUGACAUCAAGUCUUCUAUAGCAUCAGGAUUUACAAACAUUGGAGAACAAAUUAGGCAAAUUCAAAAGUCAACUCCUAGUGAAACUGAUAAGCUUUUUCACCAAGAAUUCAGAAGCAAUAUUUCUUCGAAAUGCAGUCUGUAUCAUCCAAACACAAGAGCUUGGAUACUGGAAAAAGUGAAAGACCACGUUGAAUCUGAUUCCAACGAAGUCUUGGUGAUACAAGCUGGUCCUGGCAUGGGCAAAUCAGUACUUGCUGCCAGAAUAUGCCAAAUGUAUCAAGACUGUCAAGAAAACCAAAGUAUCCUUGGUGCCUGUCAUUUCUUUCAACACAAUGAUUCUUCUCGAAAUAACCCAAGGUUAAUGCUGCAGUCUGUUGCAUGGCAGCUUUGUGGCUAUCUUCCAGAAUACAAAGUUGCUGUAGAGAAGGUUCUGCAAUCAGACCACAUGAGAAACCACGAUAUCUCAGUUCUAAGCUGUACAGAACUUUUUACUUUGUUAUUUGAAGAGUCAUUUUCGCAUCUUGGUCAUGAGCCAACAGGCAAACUUGUUGUCGUCAUAGAUGCCCUUGAUGAGUGUUGCAACAGUUUGAAGAAAGAAUUCUUCCAAGUCAUUCGUGACAAGCUAUAUUAUUUACCAUCAUGGAUACGAUUUGUCAUGACAACAAGACCGCCUCCAAGUAUUUCUUCUCAAGUACCAGGGGCCACAACCAAAAUUGAUCCAAACGAUUCACAGAAUACUGAAGAUCUUCAAAGCUUUUUCGCUGACAAACUGAAAGAGCUGUCCCACCUGUCUUCUGAUCAGCAACAGCACAGUCACAUGGAACAACUUGUUGAUUUGACUGGUGGGUUGUUUCUAGUGGCCUCCUUUGUUAUUGAUUUUUUAAAGAAGCCACGCAUCAACUCAUUAGCAGAAGCACUUGAGAACUUCCCAAAAGGAAAAGGGAUCACAGCUGUCUACGAAGACUACUUCUCGAGACUACGGGACGAAAUAACUCCAUACCUAAAAAGUGAAGAAGGAUUCUACAACAUGCUUGAUGCUGUAGUUAAAGCUAAAUCUCCAAUCGAGAAGAACAUUUUCUAUGAUAUCCUUGGUUUGCCGCUGAAAGAGACAAGGGUACCAAACAACAAGAAAAAGGAGGCCAUCAACCUUCUUCACCAAUUGUUCCCUGUAGAGAACGAUCACGUGUCACCAUUCCACAAGACCGUUGUUGAUUGGUUGACCACUGGAGACCAUGACUUUGCGGCUCAAGGGGAUGGAAUUGGUGUACUUGCCAGUGCUUGUUACAACGCCCUAAUGAAUGCCAAGCAAGAAAUAUUCGAGAAAAAAGGUCAACCAACCCAUAUCACAGACAAAGAAAUCUAUGCACUUGAGUUUGGAUUCGAUUAUAUGGAAGAAAGUGCGCGUUUCAAUGAAGAGAAAGUACAUGCAAUCGUAGCCGAUCCGUAUGUGCUAUGUAACAUGGCAAUUUAUACUUCUGAAAAAUUGAAAACCGCCGUUGGGCCGCGUUUCGGUGCUGAUCCUUUAAAGCGACGACUCUCAGUUGAACUGCAAGUCAUUUAUGAUGAAAUUAAAACCUUGCAUGGAAUUGAAAGUCGUGAUUCAACUAAAUGCAUAGUACCAGAGUUAACAAUUUUGCAAUGCUUGCAGUUCACAUUUCGCACAUAUAACCUCCUGCAAAUUGAAACCGAAGAAAGAGCUCUUCAUUAUCUGAAAGAGAACCAUCUCCCGUACCAUUUAAGGGAAACAUCUCUAAAACUUGCAAAUUCUGGAAAAGAUACAAAAAUCCUUUCAUGCAAUGGUGGGUUCUUAAUCGCAGAGGAAUGCAAUCAAAAGACUACGGUAAAGAAAUGUCAAUUUGAUGGAAAGGUCGUUGGUAAACUCAACUUUAAAAAAGCUAUUCUCCGCAUGUCCCCCGAUAAUUGCUUCAUUGUGGCUCAUGACUAUGAGAACCAUCCUGGAGAUGACAUUGCUAUCGUAGAUGUUGCCACCAUGAAGAAGGUCACUAGCUAUAGAUUACCAAAUUUGCUCAGGUCUUUACAUGUGUUUGGCAGCCACCCCUGGUACAUCGUGGCAAGAUGCUUCGACAAUAAAAUCUACAUCGUUGAAGGAGAUACUGGUAGAUUAGUGGGAGAUCCUUGUGCAGUACUACAGAACGAGGAUGUCCUUUGUGUGAGCAAUAUGGGUCACAUUCUUUUAGUUAGAACCAGUGAUCCUCCUAGUAUGUCUGCUUACAUUGAUGGACGAUUCACAGACAAAGACAGACUACUUUGUAUUCCAAUGCAAUGGGUGAAAAACCAAUCCGACAACCAUGUUGUUUCUUGCGAGUUGUUCCUUUGUCGUCAUGAAGAGAUUGACAAGAGAAUCCCCAUCUAUUUCAGGCUUUUGAAGUGCCGAAGCACAGAUUACGUCAAUAAAACAUGUUAUCAUUGGCCCGGGGCUUUGUUCUCUGAAGAUGGACAUCUUUUGGCUUUCUAUAAUGCUAAUAGCAUUACAGUAGUAAACACCUCAGACGGCUCUCUGUACACAAGUGUCUGUCUGUAUCAUAAUAGCCUAACCAGCUUCGGCUCCAGCACAGAGAUCUUAUACCUCUCAAAGGAAAGAAUCGUAAUAAAGGAUAAGAGUAUCUUCUCCUUCAGCUUCACUGGAGAAAGCCGCCCUGAGCGUCGUGUUGCUAUAGAGCACGUUUAUUUCCUUCCUGGGAAUGUCAGGAUUUUUUUUAUCUCCUCGAGCUCAAAUAACAUCAGAGAGCUUUGGUGUGAAAGUCUAAUCAAGCAUAAUGAUCUCCUUCUUCAAAUGGGUGUCGAACGUGAACACACUUUUACCAUUGAGAAAUACAUAUUUUUGGAGGGAUAAUCAUAUCAACCCCCACAAUUCAUAGAGGUUAUAAAUUCUGGAAACAGAACAGAGACAUUCCAGUCACAUAUCUAGUAGGACGGCUGCGUAUGACAUUUUGUAGAGAACAAGAUGUGCUUUAUUGAGGAGAAUAACUUCGAAAAACAUGAACUUUAAACGUUAUUAUAAUGCUGUACUUAUGUAGUUCUAUAAUCCAAAUUUUUAUUAUUACAAAAACAGCUUAAAAUCGAAGUUUUCUAAUUAUUACUUCUUAAAAAAGAGCAAUCUACAAUGCUUUGUAGUUUUUAAAGCGUAGCGUAUUGGUAAGAUGCUUUAGGUUACUCGUAAAAACAAAAUAUUAUUACGUAAUGCAAGAAAACUGAAAUCAUUAAAAUGUUGCUGUGUCUUUCA